AUGGCUCCCAACGUCGGCCUGGGCUCUCAAGGCCCGGUUGAGCGCGGAUGGAGUCUCUGGCUCACCAGUGUGCUGGCUGUCAUACUGGCUGGUUUCUUCGUCGGCGCACGCAUUGUUCAGCGAUUUAUCAAGAAAAGUGGGCUAGGAAUGGACGACUAUUUGAUUAUCGCGGCCUUGUUUUCUUCGAUUCUGCUAACUGUGACUGAGUGUCAAGCUGUUGUGUAUGGUUAUGGGAGGCCUUGGAAGACACUACCUGCGGAAUCCCGGAUGACGGCUCGCAAAUGGUUCUAUGGGGCAAACAUUGUUUACAAAGUGGUUCUCCUCUUCAAUAAAAUGUCCGUUGUAUGCCUGUACUAUCGCAUCUUCGCCGUCAUUACAACAUCUUUCCGCAUCGCAUGCCAUGUCAUGAGUAAGUUCACCACAGGCAUUGCUUUUACCCUGGCUACAAUCUUCCAGUGUACGCCAAUUGCCGCUUUCUGGGAUCACAGCAUAGAAGGAGCCAAAUGUUUCCACAAUCAACCCUGGUGGAUCUCUUACGCAACCGUCCAGAUCAUCACCGAUUUUGUGCUUCUUGCAAUGCCAUUCCGACAGAUCCUAAAACUCUCCAUGGGCACAACUGAGAAGCUGGGUGUAGCCUUGGUGUUUGGCACCGGUGGAUUCGUAACAUUUGCGUCCAUCUAUCGCUCCACGACCAUUGCAAGAUCUGCAAGCAAUCCAGAUCCAACUUGGGGCCCCAUCCCCGCGACAAUAUGGUCCGUCAUCGAAGCGAACGCUGGCAUCAUUUGCGCCUGUCUUCCAAUGCUCCGCGCCCCAUUCGUACGUUUAUUCGGGCCCUUAUUCGGCUCGCACGGAGCUUCCGAAGCCAAUACGAAGCGUCUUUCAUAUCCGAUGAUCUGGCAAAGUAAUCAUCAUCCCGGAACAGGCCACAGGAGUACCGUGUCCCAUCCGAGAAACGAAUCGCAGCGCGACAGCGAAUGUAACAUCAUCGACGAUGACGUCCUUCCUCCUAGCAGACCUGGUGCAUUGAAUCGCCAGAAUAGCGACAUUGUUGUCACAAACGAGUUCAGCAUUGAGCGCAACAACCUACAAAAAUCAAAGACGGAGACGACGAUAUGCGACACAAACACUGCGCGAAGCGUUAGCGAGGACAAGCCUGAAGGGAACAGUCCCUAUUACCACGUCUAA